AUGAACAGGAUCCAAACUUUUCCAGAAAACCAGGCUGAUAGAAUGGUACUGACCCCGACUCAUGACCCGCAGCUCGUCUUCGGAUGCUAUCAAAAACCCUACUUUGAUCCGGCCGAGUUACGGCCGAGAAUUACGGCCGAGAAUUACGAAGAACCCAGACAAUUUUCGAUUAACGACAAAUUGAUUAUUAUGCAAAUGGAAUUUUGUCACCCAGGCGGGCCAAUAUUUGAAUACGGCAUGCGCGACAGCAACAGCGAGAAUGUUGUUUUCAUUUACCACGUCUCAGAUAGACAGAAGUUUCUCGAGCUACCGUAUAGAUAUGAGAAAGUGUGUAAUACUAUCAUGCCACAGGUAGCUCCCCCUCAACCCGAACCAGGCACUUCGGGAGGCAGCUUGGCGAAAAGGGUUCUGAGCCGGUUGCAUUUAAGGCAUCGUGAAGCAAAGCCCCCUCCUCCUAUUAUGGUGCUGUCUUAG